AUGUUAUCGCGUUCUGUAUUCCGUUCUGGGCUAAGAGCUGCCACAUUUGGAGCAGUUACUGCUCAAAGAAGUUGUAGAACAAUCAUUCCUCUUCUACAAAACAAGAGAUAUGCUUCGUCAUGGGACAAAUCACCCGAGGAUCUGGAUGCUCAUGUCAAAGUACAGAAACUUAUGGACGAGAUUCAUUCCCAUCCAUCUAUUGUGGAAUCCUUGGAAAAUCUUAACAGUAUCAUGCGAGAAAAGAAGUUAAUUGAUCCAGAAUCGAAUGAACCUCCAAGUAUCAUGCAGAUGGUAAAGCUUAUGAUGGAUAAGGAUAUUAGAGAAGCUAUGCAGAAAUUCAAAUCAGAGAUGGACAAAUCUGGCAUAAAUUUGGGUCCUGACCAACUAGGGCCUUUGAUGAAAGUUCUAGGAAUCGAAAAGAAGUAA